GAUUCCCACAAUGCACUUGGGUAUUCCAACAACAAGGAAGUGUUAAAAGGCUGGUUUAAGAAAGUAUAGUUUCAUUUAAAAAAUCAGAUCCCAAUGGAAGCGCCAACGGAGAAGCUCAGCGAAUCGCUUGUCAUUCGUAGCCUUAAACGUUUCAGAGAUCGAUUAUUUUACAACACCUGUCAACUAGAAAGUGAUUCGAAUCAAAGUCCGAAGAUUCCGGUGGAGGAUGCAUCUCUUCUAGAUAGAAUACCGGUGGACGUACAGUUUCUGAUCCUGACGCUUCUUCCUCCUGAGGACAUCUGCCGGCUAGGAGCUACCAGUCGCUACUGGAGGGCUCUGGUUAGGGAUCCAUUACUAUGGAAAUACUUUCUGCUCCGGGAUAUGCCUCAUUGGUCCUCCAUAGAUCACGUGACAAUGCCUAAACUAGAAGCCCUGGCAUCUGACAUCUGUAGCAAUGACCUUCAGCUUGAGGAAAGAGUGGAGGGUGAAGAACAGGACAACGUUUCAAAAUAUGACUACAUGGCAGAGUACAUGAAGGGCCAUCCCGCCUGCAGACAAAAAUGGCAGUUUUCAAGACCCCCAUAUGAGGUGGUCACUUCCUUCCUCACCUCCUUGCUACCGUCUUCUGAGCCACGCUACGCCAUGUUCGGGCCCGGUAUUGAACAGCUGGAUGUCUCCAUGGUGACGAGGCUCAUGCACGCUCCAGAUGUGCUGCCUGUGGCUGCCAUUCCCAGUGGGAGACAGAUAAAUGGUGGAGAAAUGCAUGGAAGUCUCCAUGCAGAUUUAUACAAUUAUGGAUGGAGUUACUGGCCAUCCAGGCUCCAAAACAAUAUUGGAAUUGGCUCAGGAAUCAGUUAUACAUACAACCAUCAACACAAACUAAACAUCUUGACUCUCUACUCAACCAAUAGGGCUGAGAGGGACCGAGCCAGAGUCGGCCAGUACAGCGUCAAUGAUAAACUCUUCACAUCAGAAGACACGGAUCCACCAAGCUGUCUGAUGUUUAUCCCCAACCCUCAAGUGCAGGAAGUGUGCCAAGCAGUGAGCGGCUUUAUCUACGUAGCCAAUGCAGAGCCUGGGAAAGGUGAUGGUACGGUGGAGGCCGCCAAGAUCCAGGCAGUGUUGAGCCCUGCCUGGGGUUCCACGGCCAGGCCUCUCCUGGUGCUCUCCUGUGUGUCCAGAGAGCGACUGAAGGAAGACCUGGAGACCGAUGCGGCCUUGAGAACCACCCCCACUGGGGCAAGGUGUAGGACCCCCAGUGUUGAGAUGGCCCAGAGACUGAGACUGCCACAGCUGCCUAACCCCUGGAUGGUACAAGAUACUGUGGCGGAAUCUCUUUCAGGUCUGCUGGAUGGCAUCUCCUGGUUGCUACGCUACUCUGGCCUGAGAAUCUAAAGCAUCCUGAAUAUUCUAUUGUGUUCUCAGAAUCUAGUCAGUUCCCCCACUGAUCACGGUCUUCAUCAAAUAAAGGUGUAGGGUGAAUGUAAGCUUUAUGAGCUCAUAACAGUUGAUUAAUGUUUUUAAUGUUUUAUAUGUAUGAUAUAUAUAGUUUUUAUGUAAAACGAAUGUGUUAUCCAAAUAAAAUGUGUCUAUAUCUA